UUUAUUGCUACUAUCAAUCCAUUUUUUACCUUGUGUUUACAUUUUCAAUUUCUAAUAAGAAAAUAUUAUUAGAUCUUUACUCUCACAUGGCAGACACUGAAACUACUGAUCAUAAACUAAAUUUUGAGCAGAAUGAACUUGUUUUGUGCUUUCAUGGUCCUUUACUUUAUGAGGCUAAGAUCCUAAAAGCUGAAAACUGGGGUCCUGAAGAUUCAGAGUCUGGUGACACUGGUCCACACUAUUAUGUACAUUAUAAAGGCUGGAAGAAAACAUGGGAUGAAUGGGUUCCGGAGGAAAGAGUAGUGAAACAUAACGAAGCAAACUUAAUGAGACAAAAACAACUUAAAGAUACAUAUUCAAACAAGAAAAAGAAAACAGUCAGAAUAGGAAACAAAGGUUCAAUUGAGGAUCAGGAAAAGAGUAAUGAUGUUUCAGAAAGUUCACCAAGUCAUCAAGGAGAUGUGGAUAUUGAAGAUAAUAAGAAUGAAGCUGAAUUACAAGAAGAUCAACUACAGAAAGAAAACCAUGAACGUGGUAAAAAGAGAAAAAAGAUUAAUGAUGAUGAAGAAGAGGAAGAGUUCAUGAACCGUCUCGAAAUUAAAAUACCACUGCCUGAAUCAUUAAAAGUCAAAUUAAUUGAUGAUUGGGAAAACGUUACGAGGAAUAAUGCUUUAUUGAAAUUGCCCCGUAAAUAUACUGUUGCAGAUAUUUUGAAUGAAUAUUUGGAGUUCAAACAUAAUUUGAUAGCAUCUACAGCUAACAACCAGAAAUCUGAUAAGGAUGAUAUACAUUCUGAAGUUGUUCAAGGCAUUAAAAUAUAUUUUGACAAAACUCUUGGAAAUAUCCUUUUGUAUGCUGAUGAACGUCAACAAUAUGUAAAUAUCCGUAAGCAAUUCCUUGAUAAAGAGAAUUCAGAAAUAUAUGGAGCAGAGCACUUGUUGCGACUUUUUGUUGAACUUCCACGAUUGCUUGCUCAUACUACAAUGGAUCAAGCAGCUACGGAGACACUUGAAGAACAUUUAAUUGAUUUCUUAAAGUUUAUACAAAAAAAUGAAGAUCAAUAUUUUGCCGAAACGGAAUAUGAACGUCAUGGUAUGCCACUACCAAAAAUCCAAGAAGCAACCGAAAAAAAGACAUGUGGUUAUAUUAGUAAGAGAUUACGAGAGGGUAAUUUAGACUAUAUCCCAAUUUCAAUUUAAUCAGUGAUCUGUACUUUUUGGGUUAAAACUAAAAAAAGUGUUUUUAUAAUUGUAUCAUUGGAACAAAAAAAACCACGUAUCUUUUUUUAGUGUUGUAGUUUUAUUUUUCUAUUUUUUUUUAAUUAUAUUUUGGACUUGUGUUAAUGUUUAAUUUUUAUUAUGAAUAUAGGUUGGGUUUGUGCAAAUUGCAAAACAUCAAAUACACCGGGAUGGAGAGCAGGUGAAACUCCAGAUAAGAAGCUUUGUAAUGGUAAGUUUACCAUAAAAUUUAAUAUUUUGGAAUUAAGUAUUUAAACCAUAAACGUUAAUUUAUUGCAGCAUGUGGUCUUUACUUCUCUAAAUACAAAUCGCAUCGUCCUGAACAUCUUUGGAACAACUUACGAAAUAAGUCUGCAUAAUCAUCCUUGUAUUUUUUUU